UCAAAAUCCCAAACGUGGUCAAAACUCUUCAGUUUCAUUAACGACGAUGCUCUCUUCAUUUUCAGCUUCUUCCUUGCCCCACAUUCGUAAAUCUUCCUUUCUUCAUGGAAACCCAACACUCAUUACCAAAAUCAAGAAUCCACCUUUUUCUGUUGGGAUCUCUGGAGCAGCAAAUCUCACUCAUCUCUUCAUUGAUUCUUCUCCGGGGGCAUCACUAAAGCGCUUCUCCCAGCAAGAAAAGCAGCAGUUGCUGCAACAAGAUGGUGAGGAAGUUCAUGAAUUCCAGAGGCUGUUUUCCAACCUUAAUCAAGCCACAUUGAAAAGGGAACCUGGAAGCCUAAGCAGUUCGAUUUUCCUCGUUGCUGGCACCACUAUAGGUGCAGGAAUACUUGCCAUUCCUGCCGUGACACAAGAAUCUGGAUUCCUGGCAUCUGCAGUAACCUGCAUCAUAUGCUGGAUUUUUAUGGUCACCACUGGACUUCUCAUUGCUGAAGUAAAUGUGAAUACGAUGCGUAAGCUUGGUUCUGGUGGUGUUUCUUUGGUAUCAAUGGCCAUGAGAACCCUUGGAAAUGCUGGAGUGCAGGUUACCUGCUGGUCCUACAUUUUCAUCCACUAUGCCCUCCUCGUUGCCUAUGUGGCUCGUUCCUCAGAAAUUCUGACAAAUUUCCUCGGCAUUCCAAUAUGGGAAACUGCGACACUGUUUUCAAUUCUUUUUGGUGGUCUAUGCUACUUUGGAAGCCAGGGUAUUAUUGGAGCAGUGAAUGGUGCUCUAGUAAUUUGCAUUAUAGCUUCUUUCGUCGCACUUGUGGUGGUGGCAAGUGGAGACUUACACUGGGAUUUUCUUCUAAAAGCCAACUUAGAGGCUGCACCUAAAAGUAUACCAAUUAUAGCACUUUCUUUUGUUUAUCAGAAUGUAGUUCCCGUUCUCUGUACCAAUCUUGAAGGCGACUUAUCAAAAGUAAGGACUGCGAUUGUUGGGGGCACUGCUAUUCCGCUAGGCUUAUUUCUAAUCUGGAACGCAGUCAUUCUUGGUAUCAUUCCAACUCCUGAAACGGGAUCAGAUACUUUUGUCGAUCCACUACAACUACUGCGCUCAACUAACGAGGUCGUUGGGCCUAUAGUUGAUGUGUUCUCGGUUCUUGCCAUUGCAACUUCUUACAUUGGUUUUGUUCUCGGCCUCUCCAACUUCCUUGCUGACUUGCUGAAACUCGAGAAUGGGGAGAAUAGGGCGCUACCGUAUGUCCUUACUCUAGUCCCUCCGUUGAUAUUGUCUUUGCUAGAUCCAGAGAUAUUUUUCAAAGCAUUGGAUUUCGCAGGGACUUAUGGAGUGCUGGUGUUGUUUGGAGUCCUUCCAGCGGCAAUGUCAUGGUCGGAUAGAUACUCGGGGUCAUCGGAGACUCCCACAUUGGUUCCCGGAGGAAAAGUGACGCUCUCACUGGUAACAGCAGGAUCAGCUCUCGUCAUUCUCACUGAAAUUCUUGAGAAUUUGGGCCAACAUUGAUCAUCAUGUGUAUGUGUUGUUCUACAUCAGCAUCAGGGAUGACAUGUAGCAUUACUCAACUUCACCAUUGGUUGUCAAAAUUUGGACAACAAUAAGGCGCAUCUCCCUUGAGACUUGGUCGCUGUAUGAACUAGCACCGCACUCUUGCGUUGCACGAUCCAUUAUAUUUUCUUCGUGUUAA